AUGAUGCUUUCCUAUGAGACCAGAGAGUGCCCAUCAACUACUGAGAGAACUCUGACAAGAUAUAACCAGCAGCCUGAGAAACAUCAUCAACCUGAAGGAAAUCUGAGAGAUGACACUCAAGCAGACUACAGAAGAAGGAGAGAAGAGGGAGAGCCGAGCAAGAGUAAAAGACUACCUCUGGAGCAUAAACACAGAACAGAAGACCAUCCGAGAAGCAAAUCUUGGUCACUAGGUGGAGGGAGAACUUAUAAGGAAAAGAGCCACUGGUCUGAAAUAGCUCUUGCUGGUUCCCCCACACGGUCACGUAGGAAGCGGUCUAGCUCUCUACUGGAAACAGGAGAUGGAGCUUGA